AUGCUCGACUCCUCACGCGCACAACCACCACAAGCAUGGGUUGAGUCGCCAUACUUGAGGUCGCUCAUAGCAGGCGGCCUAGCAGGCACAACAGUCGACCUAUCCCUCUACCCCCUCGACACGCUAAAAACACGCCUCCAAUCCGCCUCCGGCUUCGCCGCCAGCGGCGGCUUCAACGGCAUCUACCGCGGCGUCGGCAGCGCAAUCGUCGGGUCCGCGCCCGGCGCCGCCCUCUUCUUCAUAACCUACGACACGAUAAAACGCACCUUCGCCCAGAGCCAGAGUCUCGCUACAACCACCGUACGGUAUAACGCGGAGGGCAAACCGUACAAAGAAGAUGUGAGGGACAGUGGGACAGAAGCACUGGUACACAUGGCAGCCGCGAGUGCAGGGGAGGUUGCUGCGUGCGCGGUGCGUGUGCCUACGGAAGUAAUAAAACAACGCGCCCAAGCAUCCCAACACCCCUCCUCCCUCUCCGCGCUCACCUUCAUCCUGCGCCAGCGCCACACCCACGGUCUCGCACACGUCUGGAUGGAACUCUACCGCGGCUGGUCAAUAACCAUAAUCCGCGAAGUGCCCUUCACCGUAAUCCAAUUCCCGCUCUGGGAAGCGCUGAAAAAGUGGCGGAUGAGCCGGACAGGGCGGAGCGAGGUAACGGGUCUGGAAGGGGGUUUGCUGGGGAGUGUGGCGGGGGCUGUGGCGGCGGGGGUCACGACGCCGUUGGAUGUGCUCAAGACGAGGAUGAUGCUUGCGAGGGAGAAACAGCCUAUGAUGCAGAUGUUGGCGUCGAUCAUGAGGGAGAGCGGGCCGAGGGCGUUUUUCGCGGGGAUGGGACCGAGGGUGGGUUGGAUUAGUGUUGGGGGAGCGAUUUUCUUGGGGAGUUAUCAGUGGGCGAGUAAUGCGUUGGGGGGUGUGGUUGAGGAAUGA